AUGGCGAGGACCAAAUUUGAAAAACUACCUGAAGAAAUCAUAGUUGAGAUACUCUCCCGUCUGCCGGCGAAGUUAAUCGGCCAAUCCAGGUGCGUAUCAAGGCAGUGGUGCUCUAUUCUCUCAGCUCCACAACUCAUUAAAGCUCACCUCACUUUUCAUUCCCACAAAUAUGAAGAAGAAAAACUCAUUACCGUCUGUCGUUCUCAGUCUCUUCACGCUUUAACCUUUAACCAAAAUGGAAAUGGUGUCAUUUCGAGAAAGCUUGACUUUCAGCAGCAGCUUUCAGACAACUGGGUUACUGUCGGUGGCUCCUGUAAUGGCUUGGUCUUGGCUGUAAAUGACAAACAAAUUGCAUUGUAA